UUGCCUUCUUUGUAAUUUUUUUCGCAUUAGUGACGGCGGUGGAUCGCGACUGUUACACAUCGACGAGCGCACGCGCGUGCCCGGCAGGGAGAGCGCCGGCGGGCGACUGCAUCGCAAAGAAACAAAUUGCUUUAUGCUCUUUGCCGCUAUGGUAUAAGAUUUCUCUUAAAAUAAAAUGCAAUCAUACAAGAAGUUUAUUGGAGGGUUGGGCCAGGCCGAAUCAGUGCAGACGGAUGAACUACAGGGCUGACGAGGCAAUGCAUGUGGAGAACGCUGGCUUUGCUUCUAUUGCAUUGCCUGACACUACUGACAUUGUUUUCGAGCAAUGGCUUGGUGCCCUACUAAGAGACAUAGCCAGGUCCAGAGCUACGGAACCUCCUCUAUCGUGUACCGAUGGGAAAAGAAGCUGAGGGGCGUGAAGGAUCCACCAGAGAGUUCUUUAGUCCGAAGUGGGUACCUGCACUUCAGGCAAUCUGGCGCCUGCAGUGCUCACAGAGCAAUUUUAUCUGUUUCUUCUGACUCCAAGACACCACGUCCAAUAACAGGAUGCUCCAGUUCAGAGGAUACUCAUCAUCGAUAUCUCCAGCCCAAGCCUAUGAGUGCGCCUUCUCGAAUGGUGGGUGAUGGAGCAAGCAAUCCUGUGUGGCCACUGCACCGGCGUAUGUACGGAUGCGUGAGAGGCUCUACACUUCCAUCAUGCUUGAUCUGGAGGAUGGGAUGUCGAAAAUUCUGUGCAGGAACUAAAUUUUAGGCUGGGAAGAUAUGGAAGAGUGGGUAGCCUGGCAUUUUGAUAAUAAGGGAGUUUUCUCGCUGAAGUCGGCUUACCGUGUGGGAGUAAGUUUACGAUACUCCAAGCAAGAUUAUGAUGCAAGCUCCUCAUCAUCUACAGAUGUAGUAUCACCUCUGGAAUUUUUUUGGAGUUUGAAGCUGCCAAGUAAAGUAAAGAUCUGCACUUGGAGGUUAUGUCACAACAGCUUGCCGACACACAUGAAUAUUAAGCGUAAACGAGUAGAACUGGAUAUCAGGUGUCCGAUGUGUAAUCGGGCAGAUGAGGAUGGCGGCCAUUUAUUUCCUAAAUGCGAAAGGUUAAACCUGUAAGACGCAGCCUGCUUUUAGAGGAUAUCUGGCUUCUACUUGAAAGUGUGCCAAACCCCAUGGUGAUGAUGGAUAUGUUAUGGGCUCUUCCUGACAAUUGUUCUCCUGUGGGACUGGUGGUCAACGAGGAACAAACUGAA